UAAAAACCGCAGGCUCAGAAGACGCUGCUUUUGGUGGGUUAGUUUUAGUUAGUCUAAUUGUUAGGGUUUAUAUGCAGUGUUCUUAAAUAACGUUUGUCUUUUAUUUUGAUUGCUGCUGCUGUCUUGUCCUUUCUGUUGCUUUAGAUUUCAGCUGUACUCGCUUUGGAUUUUCUCUCUUAUAUAAGAAGAACGAAAGGAGAACAGUAAUAUUGGAAUAACUUAACUAACCCUAUAACUACACUACCAGUUCUUCCUGCUUACGUUAGCUUACUUGAUACCUUUCUGGAGACUACAGUCUAGUGGUCCUUUGCAAGUAAUGGCUACACACAUCUUUGUAGACAAAGAAAAUGGAGAAAUUGGUCCUGCUGUUAAGGGUCGCCUGAGACUGCUGUCUGCACCUUCAAAGGUUUUUGUGGAAAGGCCGUGCCCUAAGACUCCACUUGUUGGAAGGACAGCUAAUGUGAAUUCAGCAACAUCCACAUCGGUCAGGAAGGCUCUAGGAAAUGUGAAUAGGACUCUGCCAGCCAAGAAUCUAAUUCCAAAAGGAAAGAGAUCCUUCUCUACAAAAAAGGUUAUUGAAAAUACAAACAAAGCUGAAGGCUGCAGCAUGGUCACUGAAGAUUAUCCAGAAAAGGAGAACUUCUUUCCUUAUAAUCCUCUAGAGUUUGAGAAUUUUGAAGUUCCUGAGGAGCACAGAUUGAGCCAUUUGUCACUGAUGGGUGUUCCUCUUAUGACAUUUGAAAAUGCAUCUGAUAGGUUUGCAAGCACAAUCCCUGCACCUGUAAAACCACCUUCACUUUCAUGGGGUUACGAUGCUCUGCAGUCAACUAAAGACUACCUGGCUGCCUUGGAUGAAAUAACAAUUGAUCUUCCCCCUCCUUUGUAACAUGCUAACAAGCAAUUCUUUUAUCUGAUUUCUAAACAAGUUGUAAAUAAAGCUAUAAUUGGUAA